ACGAGGCGGCCACGUACUUAGAAUACUCCGCAACAUGCUUGAGCCCGGACAAGCGCAAUCUAGACCUCAACGCUGUCUUUUCUGAAUUUCUUUGCUUGAGUUGCUUCUCCUGUUCACAGUCUUCACAGCUACUCUCUCUCUCUCUCUCUCCCUUUGUAGAUGCAGUUGCACCGAUCGAUCGAUCGUCCUUCUCUCUCUAAAGUGCAUGCAGGAGGUGCAAUUAAACAAUGUGAGCAAGAAAGGUGACUGGUAGCAACUACGCAAUGGUUAUAAUAUCUGGAGCCCCUGUUCAUGCAUGUAAUGUAUUCAAAUGACAGAGCUGAUUAUAUCCACUCGGGUGUCCUGUGCUGGGCGCUGUGUGUGUCUCCAGCAAGCUCCAGCCUCCAGGUCUCUUAUAUAUACUGCCCCUUCUCACCUGACACAGCUCCCUCUAACCCAUGCACCUCCUCCAGCUUUGACAGCCACUUCCAUUCCACCAUUCUCUCCUGCUGCAAACUACUGGAGUACCAGGGAGAGUCCUCGCUAGCUAGCUAAGCACAGUCAUGAACAUGACUAGCCCCAGGCUAAAGCUCUUCGGCUUCCACGUCUCCGAGGAGGAGCGGCACCACGAGCUGCCUGGCCUGGAGACGGAGGCGGCGGAAGCCGAGCCGGAUCAGGAGGCGCCGGCGUGCGGUAACAACGGUGGCGGCGGAGGCUCCGACUCGUCGUCCUCGUCUACCACCACCACCACCACGGCCACGGGCGCCGCCACGGCGGGAGCGGGAGCCGGCGACGGCCGGAGGUACGAGUGCCAGUACUGCUGCCGCGAGUUCGCCAACUCGCAGGCGCUGGGCGGCCACCAGAACGCGCACAAGAAGGAGCGGCAGCAGCUCAAGCGCGCGCAGCUGCAGGCCGCGGCCGCCGCCGCCGGCCGCGUCGCGGGCGGGGCCGCCGCGCUCUACCCGCGCGCCAACCCGAUGGUGUCCGCCUUCGUGCCGCCGCCGCACCUCCUCGGCGGCGGAGGAGUCGGAGACGCGGCGCCCACGAGCUGGGUCUACUUCUCCCCGCGCGCCGCCGCCGUGGCCGGGGGCCCGCAGGGCCAGCAGUUCCACGUCUCCCACAACUGCGUGUUCCCGUCGUCGCGCGCUUCCCCGGCCGCCGUGACGGCGUCGCCGGCCGUGUUCUCCUACACCACGGCACCCGCCUCCGCCGCCGGCGCCGCCUCCGCGCCCUACGUGAUGACCGACGACCACAGCGGGCGGAGGGUCCACCACGUGAGCCCGGCGGCCGCCCUGGGGAGAUACCCCGGCAUGGCAGCUGGCCCUGGGAUGGCGGUGGUGGCGGAGCCGGUGGUCACCGGGCCGGAGGACGCCCUGGGGCUGGACCUGCAGCUCAGCCUUGCGCCCGCCGGCUUGUGACUUGGCCGGUCGUCGACGUGCACUGUCGUCGCCUUGGUAAAAGAGAAUUGAUCACCUAGUAGUACUACUGCUGCUGCUACUAAAAAGUCUGUACUAAGAUCGAUCGUCCCUGCUGGCUAGGUAAAUGGUAAUUAGCACUAGUAAUUAUAUGGUUUAGUUGCUGGGAUUUGGAGAGCUGCAUGCAUGUAAGCCACCUGUAAGAUUCCGGUUCUAGCUAAUUGAUGAUGUGCAUGAUGAUGAUGAUCUCAAGGAGGAUGGCCAUGCAUGCUGGGCAGACCCUGUAAAUUUUUGGUUGAUCCGUCCAUCCAUCAAUCAAUCUCUCUCUCUGCCCUUUUCUUCAGUACUA